GCGCGCGCUCCGGUAAAGAUGGCGGCCGGCGGUUAGAAAACAAGCAGCGCGAGCAGCGGAGACAUCCUGAUCCUGCGGAGCACGGACACCGACAGCAGAGCGUGUUCCCCCGCCGCAGACGAUGGAUCCUGGUCAAGAUUUGCUUCUGGCUGCUCUCAGUGAGAGUGGGAUCUGCCCCAAUGACCUGUUUGAUGUGGAUGUUCAGGACAGUGUUCCUCUGGUGUCCUCACAGCAGCCGGUCUCAUUAAAUGCACUCGACAUCGGUCUCAGUAAUGAAGCUUCAGGAGUCGUCAGGAUUGAUCCUCCAGUUCCUCCAACACCUACAGUCACAAUCAGGGAGAAGCCUCAGCCCUCCACCACCACCUUUGUGCUGAAUCAGCUGAAUCAGUUGCCUUCGCUGGGAACCAUCGUGGUCUCCAAACCCUCGACGGGCAGCAGCACCAGACAGACCAUCACCGUCACCAAGGUGCUGCACAGCUCCUCUCCAGCACAGCGCAGCUCCGCUUCUCCCAGCGUCUGCACUGCGGCUCCGGCAAACACUGAGCAGAUCCGGCUGAAGGACCUGCUGAGGAGCAGCAGCCUGAAGAGCAGCAGUCUGGGGGAGCUAAUGAAGCUGAAGCCCCCGGCAGACAUCGCACCACCUGUCGCCACCGCCACUGGCACUACGGAAGUAAACAACGGCUUGAAGAAAGAAGUGUCCAGCAAAGAUGUAGCAAGAAUCUGGAUCAACGAUGACAUGAAAAUGCGCAGCUUCUCACCUGUAAAUAAACUACCAGGAAUGAAGGAGGAAGAGGAGCCAGAGGAGGAGGAAGAGGAGGAGCUCGGCCAUGCAGAGACGUAUGCCGAAUACAUGCCAAUGAAGCUGCGUAUCGGUCUGCGGCACCCUGACCCCGUGGUGGAGACCAGUUCUCUGUCCAGCGUGAACCCUCCGGAUGUUUGGUACAGACUCUCCAUCCCAGAGGAGACCAUCGACCGGGGCUGGCUGUCUGCGCUGCAGCUGGAGGCCGUCACCUACGCUGCACAGCAACACGAGACGUUCCUGCCGAAUGGGGACCGAGCGGCGUAUCUGAUAGGAGACGGUGCUGGAGUGGGAAAGGGCAGAACCAUUGCUGGAAUCAUAUAUGAGAAUUACCUUCUGGGCAGGAAAAGAUCUCUCUGGUUUAGUGUCUCCAAUGAUUUGAAAUAUGAUGCAGAAAGAGACUUGAGGGACAUCGGCGCGAAAAACAUUCAGGUUCAUUCACUAAACAAGUUUAAAUACGGAAAGAUUUCCUCCAAACACAACGGCAGUGUGAAGAAAGGCGUGAUCUUUGCCACAUACUCAUCUCUGAUUGGAGAGAGUCAGUCUGGAGGAAAAUACAAGACCAGGUUUAAGCAGCUCCUGCACUGGUGUGGAGACGACUUUGACGGCGUCAUUGUGUUUGACGAGUGUCACAAAGCCAAAAACGUUUGUCCGAUCGGAUCCUCCAAACCCACCAAGACGGGAUUGGCAGUGUUAGAGCUGCAAAACAAGCUGCCGAAGGCACGAGUCGUGUACGCUAGCGCCACAGGAGCGUCUGAACCCCGCAAUAUGGCCUACAUGAAUCGCCUGGGCAUCUGGGGGGAGGGAACUCCAUUCAGGGAAUUUGCAAACUUCAUCCAAGCUGUGGAGAGACGAGGUGUGGGCGCCAUGGAGAUUGUUGCCAUGGAUAUGAAGCUGAGAGGGAUGUACAUUGCUCGGCAGCUGAGCUUCACAGGCGUGACGUUUAAGAUCGAGGAAGUUCCUCUGACGCUGGACUACAUCAAGAUGUACAACAAAGCAGUGCGACUGUGGGUGAGCGCGAGAGAGAAGUUCCAGCAGGCGGCUCAGCUGAUGGAUGCGGAGCAGCGGAUGAAGAAGUCCAUGUGGGGUCAGUUCUGGUCGGCACACCAGCGCUUCUUCAAGUACCUGUGCAUCGCCUCUAAAGUGCGACGUGUGGUGCAGCUCGCCCGAGAGGACGUCAAGAACGGCAAGUGUGUGGUGAUUGGCCUGCAGUCCACUGGAGAAGCUCGAACCCUGGAGGCUCUGGAGGAGGGAGGAGGAGAACUCAAUGACUUUGUGUCCACUGCAAAGGGUGUGCUGCAGUCUCUGGUGGAGAAGCAUUUUCCAGCUCCAGACAGACAGAAACUCUUCAGUCUCUUAGGCAUCGACCUGAGCGCCAAGAAAACACCUUCACCUGCGGAAAACAAGACUGAGCAGAAGGGCAAGAAGAGAAAGGUUGAAAGUAAGAAGCAUGUGAAGAAAGCUCGUAAAUCAGGCGGUCUGUCGGGCAGCAGCUCAGACGACAGCAGCUCAGAGGACUCGGAUAGAGACGCAGAAAGUGACGACAGCUUUAAAUCCAUCAGUUCUGGGGACGAAGACGACUUUAACCCCUUCAAAGACGACUCCAGCGAGGAUGAGGAGGACGAUCCGUGGCUCAUCAGGAAAGACUCCAAAAAGAGCAAAGACAAGAGGAACAAGAAGAAGAAAAAGAGCAUUGAUCCAGACUCCAUUCAAAGUGCCUUACUGGCCUCCGGGCUCGGGACAACCAGACCUACAUUUACAGCUCCCAUCAAACCCGCAAACCCCACGCUUGCUGUCGCUAAGAGUGACCCGGAGGAGAGCAGCUGUGUGACGAGUCAGGACGCGGUGGAGGACGCUCAGCGCAUGAAGAGAGAUCUGCUGGAGAAGCUGGAGCUGCUGGCUGAGGAUCUGCCUCCUAACACACUGGACCAGCUCAUCGACGAGCUCGGGGGACCAGACAACGUGGCCGAGAUGACUGGUCGUAAAGGCCGGGUGGUCAGCAAUGAUGACGGCAGCAUCUCCUAUGAGUCUCGCUCAGAGCUGGACGUUCCUGUGGAGAUCCUGAACCUGACGGAGAAGCAGAGGUUCAUGGAUGGAGAUAAGAACAUCGCUAUCAUCUCUGAAGCCGCCAGCUCUGGGAUCUCUCUGCAGGCCGGCAGGGUGAAGAACCAGCGGCGGAGGGUCCACAUGACCCUGGAGCUGCCCUGGAGCGCAGACAGAGCCAUUCAGCAGUUCGGUCGAACACACAGAUCUAACCAGGUCACAGCACCAGAGUAUGUGUUCCUGAUCUCAGAGCUGGCUGGAGAGCAGAGAUUCGCCUCUAUAGUGGCCAAACGCCUGGAGAGUCUGGGCGCUUUAACACAUGGAGACAGAAGAGCCACCGAGACCAGAGACCUCAGCCGCUUUAACUUCGACAAUAAAUAUGGCAGAAACGCUCUGGAGAUCGUCAUGAAGUCCAUCGUGAGUCUGGACUCUCCUCUGGUGUCUCCUCCUGCUGACUUUGAUGGAGAUUUCUUUAAAGAAAUCCGCAAUGGCUUGAUCGGCGUGGGGCUGAUAAACGUGGAGGACCGGUCUGGAGUUCUCUCGCUGGACAAAGAUUACAACAACAUCGGGAAGUUCCUGAACAGGAUUCUGGGAAUGGAGGUGCAGCAGCAGAACGCUCUGUUUCAGUAUUUCUCCGACACGCUGAGCGCCGUCAUCCAGAACGCCAAGAAGAGCGGCAGAUACGACAUGGGCAUUUUAGAUUUGGGCUCUGGAGAUGAGAAGGUGAAGAAGGUGGACGUGAAGAAGUUUCUGACUCCUGGAUAUUCCACAUCAGGACACGUGGAGCUCUACACUGUCAGUGUGGAGAGGGGGAUGUCAUGGGAGGAAGCCACACAUGUCUGGGCUGAUCAGAACGGGCCUGAUGACGGCUUCUACGUGCAGGUGCGCAAUAAUAAGAAGAUCGCCAUCCUGGUGAAGGAGGUAAACCCGCGGAAGAGGCUCUUCAUGGUCUACAGACCCAACAUCGGGAAACAGGUCAAGCUGGAGACCUACACCGACAUCAAGAAGAGGAGCAAGAAGGUUCUGUCUGAUGAUGCCAAACAGCACUGGAUGGAUCAGUACAGCUGCUCUGCUGACGUCUGCUCACACGCUUACUGGCGAGGGAACUGUAAGAAGGCGUCAGUGGGUCUGCAGUGUGAGAUCGGCCUGCGCUGCAGAACGUAUUUCGUGCUCUGCGGCUCCGUGCUCAGCGUCUGGACCAAAGUGGAGGGAGUUCUGGCGUCCGUCAGCGGAGCCAACGUCAAGAUGCAGAUCGUGCGCUUGAGGACGGAGGACGGUCAGAGGAUUGUGGGUCUGAUCAUCCCGCAGAACUGUGUGUCUCCGCUGGUCAACAUCCUGUCAUCAUCAGAUCAGAGUCAGCAGCUGGCGGUGCAGCAGCAACAUUUAUGGCAGCAGCUGCACCCGCAGAGCCUCACACACACACCUCUCACGUAACACACACACACACACAGGACAGACCGACUGCGCUCAGGGUUUCCCACAGUCCCCCGGGGUCUGCUUCUCCUCCAGCAUGCGGACAGACGCUCUGCAUGGAUCAGCUCCGCUUCAGGACGUGGCUCUGUCUCCUGGCCGUCUGAGAGCGUGUGGCGGGCCGGCUGGAGCCUCUCCAACUCUUGCUUUUUAAUGGUUCUUGUUUUUGUGUUGUUGUGUGGAGGAGCGGCUCCCGGAGCUCGUCUGCUGUACAUGUUGGACUCUUCUCUCUCCGUGUAUAUCUGACAUGUGAUGUUCUUCUGCUCUGCGUGUCCUUCAUCUCUGCACGAGUUGCACUACUGACGGAUCUGAUGUACAGAGAAUAUAACUGACUGCAAGACCUCUACCUCUUGCAUUUGACCAAUAAAUCUUGUGGAUUACCUCGA